UGGGACAUCAACCUGACUCUUUUGAUGAUGAGGAUGAAAUGGACAAGCCCAUAACUCGAGCUCCAAAGGUGUGGAAGCCACGGAAGUCUCACACAACUCAAUCCACAACUCCUGAACUUUCGACAUUUACUGAGCUAAUUCCAAUAGCCCAAACCACGCGUCGACCUAGUAGUACGACCACAACAAAAUCUACCCCUAACCCAGAACUCACCUUGGUAGAUGUUUGGCCCACAUCUGCUGAAACGGUACGAACGACAAGAAGACGUUGGACAACGCCCACUUUGACGACGACCGAGGAGCCGACAACUACCACAAUUCUGAGUACAGUUAAGCCUAAAAGGAGGACCACAACAACGGAAAGAACAACUACUACGGAAGAGAGCACAACUACAGCUACGACAACAGAACCCACCAGAAGGACACGACCAACGAUAACAAUCCGAGCGACUACAACACCUACUAUAAGAGAAGCAACAACCUCCCCUGUCGAAGAGUUUGAAUACGAAAUUGUGGAAGUAGAAGUGGACGAAAACGGUAACGAAAUUAUACGCGAGAAAACGGAGAGUUCAGAGGCAGCCACAAAACUGGCAAAGCCGAAAAAAUCUUUAGCGAUAGAAAAGCAGGUGCUCGAUGAAGUCAAGGCAAAAGAAGAAAGGAAGAGAUUGGUGGAAGAGCAGAAACGUGCUUUGAAUCUGCCU